AGUUACCGGUCAGUUAGCGCUAGGCCGAUCGCCGGGUCAGGUGAUUUUAAAAUUACCCAAACUUUUUUUUUUUAACCUAACGCGAUGCUCUCGCUGUGAUAGUUUUUUUCUUCUACACAAAAGAGUGCGAAGCACCAGUUUUACCCGCGUUCGCAUGCGAUCAAUCGAGAUGCAUCGGCUGGUGGUAGAGAACAAUCUGCGUCGGGACUACGACGUCGAGAUCAGGGGUAACAGCGAGGCUGUCUCCACACCGCUGCGCGGAAAUCUCCUCGCCCCGCCUCGACGCGUGCUGGACUUCGAGCCGGUAAGUCACAGAACGAACCAUUAUCACGAGCGCACUUUCGAUGCUAGCCUCUCGAUCGGCUUGUGCACGCGCCUCAUCAACCCGGCCUCGGUUCAAUCGGCGGCCACGUCAACAGGCUUCACCUCCUCGCAGAUCAACGUCCUCAAGAACGUCGUCCGCGACGAGCACUCGUCCAGGCAGCUCGCACAUGCCGGCUUGCAUUCGUACAACGGCAACAUCGGCGACCGCUUCAUACCUCGUCGCCGAGGCGUCAACGUCGACGCCGCUCACUACCUCCACACUCGCACCGAGAAGUACAAGGAGAACGACGGGCACUACUUGGACGUUUUCGAGGAGGUGCAGAACGCGACGGAGCACUGGCGUCGCGAGUACAUGCAGAACGCCUUCGGCCGACUGAACAUCUUCGAGGGCCUCGGCAACAAGCGCGUCCUGAACAUCGGCCGCGAGCCCUCGCUCGCCGGCGCCUACAGACGCCUCGCCAUCCAGGAGUUCGUCGACGAGGGCCAGUGGCCCUGUAGACCCCGCAAGCAGCCCCUCAUGAGCAUGCGCGGCGAGAACUCCAAGCGCUACCGCGAUCACGGAGCUCAGAUCUUCCGGUUCGCCAUGUCGAUCAAGGCCCAGAACGUGAUAGACUGGAGCGCGAAGGAUACCCUGGCCGCCGGCAUGUCCAACGCGCUCUGCGUCUGCGACGUCGACUCCAAGUCCUACCUGUCCAAGGUCUACAGGAUCGACCACGUCUCGGACCUCUGCUGCGUCAAGUGGAAUGCCCAGGGUACCCAAGUCUCGAUGAGCGGCGUCGACGGCCACACGAGUCUCUACGACACCGUCUCCUCCAAGAUCGCCUGGACGAUAAAGUGUCCCUGCAACGCGCCGAGGUGCAUCGUCGCCAGCACCGUUUGGGCCAACAGCGACAAGCACAUGAUCACCGGCUGCAACAACGGCUACUUGAACAUAAUAGACACCAGCAGCGGCCGGUCCGUCAUGGUGAAGGAGUUCGAGUGCGAGAUCCGAGCGAUCGCCGUGUCGGUGAAAGACAAGUACCUGGUGCUCAGCGGCACCGACAGGCUCGUCAAGCUCUUCGAGUACCCCUCGAUGGAGCCGCUCUUCGAGAUCGCCUUCUUCACUACCAUCAAGGCGUUCGCUUGGCACCCCUGGCGCUCGGGCAUCCUGUGCAUCGGUGGAGGUCCGGGUGACGGAGCUCUGUCCCUCUGGAACGUCAGCACGCAGACGCAGUUGAGCUACAAAAAGGUCGACUUCGUGGGCUCGGUCGACAGCAUGAUGUUCAACAAGCUCAGUGGAGAGCUGCUCGUCCACUGGUUCUACCUGGCCAACGACAAGCUGCGCUCGAAGAUCGUCAUCCUCGCCGCGCUGAAUCGCGUCGUCGACGCCGUGCCCAUCCAGCCCGAGCACAAGAUGCUCAACAUCAUCUGGGGACCAGAUCACACCAAGCUGGCUAUGCACCACCGGGACACGCUGGUGAUCUGGGACUUCUUCGGGAACGACGACAAGAAUUGGAGCAAGUACAGGAGGACCGACAGAGGCAAGACCAAGACUGUUACCGGCGAUUCCAGCGGGCUCUUGCGCAUGGCCGACUUCACGAACGCGCACAGUUCCCUGGCGGACGCGAGGCGCGGCAAAAGUUUGGGCUAUUACUGUAUACGUUGAGCGUUCUCCGUUUCGUUGGGUGUUUCUAUGUUUGUUUAUCUUUAUUUAUUGCGUAAUCAACGGAGUUUAACUUAUACAUUUUAUUUAUUCGAAUUUGUGUGUGCUGUGUGCAGUUUAUCGAAAUCGCCGCUUCGAUCGAUGAUAAUCUUUUAUUUAUUCGUGUACGUAAUGUAGCAUAACUGUUUUACUCGAGUACCAGCGCAAUCGUUUUCGUUUUGUAUGCUCUGAAAGCAAACGUUAUGUAAAGGUGCCGCUCGUGGCAUGGAGAAUUUAAUCGUGUGAUGCAGUAUUAUAAGAUGGCUAAUGAAAUUAGUCAUGCGCGAUAUUUUACAAUGUUUUUACUGAAAUCCAAAGCACUGAUUGUACGUGUAGUGCGAAAGAUAUUUCAAUAAAUUAAAUUUUUACUUUUUCAUAAA